AUGGGGAAGCGGUGGGAUCCUCAUGGUGGGCUCUCAUGGGCGACGGCGAAGUCUCAAGGUUCUCUCCACAACCCUAGGGCGGUUUCUGUAGGCGUGCUCGCGCCCACAAGGCCGGAUGUGUCCGGCAACCUCUAUCGUAUGGGGAUAGAUAUGAUACAGCAAUUAGGCAGGCGUAUUGGCAAAAUGAUGAAGGAUGAACAGCACAGAUCGUCAAUAGUUUGGCAGCACUUCUGGAGGACGUCACCUUGUAAAUACUGUCGUACCGUGACCGUGAUAUGCCCAUAUUGCCACACUGUCAUGAGAGACCCCUCAACCAUUAAGAUGUUAAGGCAUCUAGAGAGCAUUCACCAGCUUCCGGCUUCCUCUGGGGCACGGUCCUCUCAGGCACUACAGAUUAAAGAAAUCGCUGAGAAUCCCAAUGGUGAGAGUGAACCAAUUGAGACAGACAACAGCAAUAAUUGUGCCACUGCAGCGCGAGUGGACACGCAAGGCACCAACGCUGUUGUACUGUCUCCAUGGCAACAGCAUCAGCCACUGAUGGACCGCGAGGAACAAAUGGCAACAAUCCUUUCGUCCCAGCCGUGCUGCCCAGGACCCGGUGGUUUUGUGGUCGGUACUAAAUAUUUUCCCAUUCUUGAGCCGGACCCAUGGUGCGGCCUCAUUAUCCGACUCUCUGAUAGCUCAUAUUGCUCAUCGACUACUAAAAGUCCUCACGACGGCUUCAGAUUGAAAUUUUACGACAACAGCAAGGAGAAGGGUUAUAAAGGAGUCUCGCUAGCAACUGGCAGUUCAUACCUGUUGGUGGGAGUUGACAAUUUGUACACGACGCCCGCACCACCAUCUGGGUACGGAUAUCCCUGCCAUUCUAUGCACCGUGUCGUUGGUUAUAAAAUUUUACCAAAACAACAAGGAGUUCAAGUGCGCUCGUCAGCAGCUUGGAUGCACGUCAGCGAGAACCCGUAUGAAGAUCAUCCUGGAGUCUCGCUAGCAACUGGCUCCGACACUAUUGGCAGUUCAUACCUGUUGGUGGGAGUUAACAAUUUGGACUCGGCGUCCGCACCAGCUGGGUGCGCAUAUCCCUGGCAUUCUAUGCACCGUGUCCUUUGCUCGUUAGGAUUCAAGAAAGAAUUUGUUACAAAUUUAGUGAUGUAUGCAUUUGGACGGGUCGACGAGUGUAAUUUGAGGUUAAGGAGCCCCAGUUCAAGUAACAAGGGCAAAAGUAUUGUUAAACAAGCUGGUGAUGUGCCAUCAGGAAAACGGAAGCGAAAACCGCUUCCUCCACGGUCUAAAGUUUGGAACCAUUUCACGAAGGAGGAGGUGGUGGAGGCUGAAGGUUCAACGGUUACCAUGGCAAGGUGCAACCACUGUGGAUCUAAGCUGAAAGCUGAUUCAGCAAGUCAUGGUACUACUCAGUUGAAAAGACAUAUUACAAGCACACACCCGGACGAAUUAGCCAAAUCACCAUUAUAA